AUGGCUGAUGUUUUCAAAAGCCUAAACCUCCUUGAGACCCUAAAAGAGUCAAUAGAGAACAACAAAUUGUCAGAUGUUAAGGAUGCAGUGGAAGAUCUCCUAAUCAGUAGGAUCAAUUUAGCAGUGGUGGGGGACCGUGUCGAUGAAAAAGCUACCUUCAUUAACUCACUGCAUGGCCUCUGUCCUGGAGAUGAAGGGGCAGCUCCGUCGCCAUCCCCUGCUGCCCCAGAGGAAGUGGCAGACUACGCAAACUCUAAACACCCUGACUUUCACCUGUGGGACCUGCCGCCUGUCCCCAACACCUCUCCAUUUAAACCAGAAGGAUACAUGGAUAGAGUUAAGUUUCUUCGCUACAACGCGGUCUUCAUGACAUUCACACAGACACCUCAAGCCAACAGUGUGGAGGUGUUCCUGGAGGCUCGCUCCCUGCAGCGAGAAACGGUGUACUUUAUUCUCUUUGCUUUGGCAAAAGACACAGAAAAGAGCCUAGAAGAAAAGAGGAAAGCCAGCCUGGAAGUGUUGAAAUCACAGGGUGUGAGACAGCCUAAAGUCUACCUGGUGAGACCCUCAACCUUGGAGAAAUUUGACUUCUGUAGCCUGUUGGAGGAUAUGGGUAGAGACCUUCCAGAGAUCAGAGCCCACGCCCUUCUCUUAGCUUUACCAACACUCUCCUCCACCCUGGUCACUCAGAAAAAGGAGGCUUUCAAAGCACUAGUCUGGGCAGCUGCCUCGCUUUCUGGUGGGAUGUCUGCUAUCCCUGUUCCCUUUGUGGCCUCCAUGGUGGACUCGAGUAUAGCAGUGCGGAUCCUAAGUAAAGCACAAAUAUCUCUGUGCUUGGACGAUAAAUCGGUUGAGCGACUGGCCCGACAGCGAGGCAUGGAACCCACGAAACUUCAAGAGCUACGGACUUGUACGUUGUCAAUAGAGGUCACCAAAGGGGAGGUCAAAAAGCGGUUGGCGGCCGCAGAAAAGGACUUGACUACGGUUUCAACAAAGCUGGUGGAGAUGGCGAUGCCCAGACAUGCUCGUUCUGUCAGCCGCUCCUUCACUGCCAUGCUGCAGGCAUUAAAUGGCGCCAUAGAUGAAAUGGCUGCUGAUGCUGAGAAGAUAGUGGCUGCUGCUUUUGGGGAGGGGAAAUGA